GAAGACCGUCCGUCCGUCUCCUGUCACAUUCUCGAUCUUCAUCUCGGCAGCAUACCCGCUCUCGCUUGUUCCCCAGUCGUCGCACGGCACUCGCCGAGCAUCCCUACCGAGCCUGUUCCCAACUUCCCACCCAAUGGCGUUUCUCCACCCGCAUCAUCGCUGUGGUCGUGCGACCGGCCUUUUGUCGCAAUCAUCGCCUGUGCGAAGAAAAUCAACCGCUUUACCCUCUGUCGCUCUCGAAUCGGGUCAUUCGUCUCGAGUCGUCGUGCGAUGUGCACUGCCCGCUUUUAGUGUCGCAUGCAUCGAUGUGCCUCGACACGUUUUCCUUUAGGGCGAAAUUCCGAGGCCUUUUCAAGCACGACGACUACGUCUCGAUGCGAUGCUAGGCUUGCGACGUCAAGCGACGCGUGUGGCGAGGCCGGCCCCUCGUCGCACGGCUUGUCCGCUCCAUCACGUCGUUAUCACAGUCUCGAGCUGUUCGAGAGUCAUUGUCGCACACUCAUUGUCGCACACGCAUUGUCGCACACUCAUUGUCGCACACUCAUCACGAGUGUGUCCUUCGAAUUGUCCGCUCCAUCACGUCGUUAUCACAGUCUCUCCGGCCGUUCGAGAGUCUGCGGCCUUUGACUCGCACUCACUGAGGGAAUCGUGGCACGCGUAGCCUAGCCACCGACAUCUAGAGCGACCCAAUCGAGGCAGUCUGGUGCAGUGUGAAGGCACGACGGGCUGGCGUGCUGGAGUACAACUCCCAAUCACGUCAUCUCGCACACGUAGCCUAGCCACCGACAUCUAGAGCGACCGAAUCAAGCCUGUCAAGUGGAGGCACGACGGGCUGGCGUGCUGUGGUGCAACUCCUAGUCAAGUCACGUCACGUCAUCUCGCACAUGUAGCCGCCAGAACCAAGAAUAACGUGUGUCGCCGCUAGCAGUCGAGGUGGGAUCAGUGUGUGCAGUGCAGCUAGUCGCAUCACCUCUCUCGCGUGCAGAACCAAGAAUGGCCGCGACCUCACCUCUCCAUGCGACCCUGCGUCGCCAGUCGUGGCGGAUUAGCGUGUGCUGGUCACGUCACCUCUCUCGCGCGCAGAACCAAGAACGGGGCCAUGCUGUCAGACAGCAGCCGCGUGUACAGGAGUCCUGCGUCGGCCGAGGCGGAUUAGCGUGCGCAGCUACUAGUCACGUCGUCGCCGCUCUCGCGUUUCCCGACCUCCGAUCGCCCGACGUACAGUCCGAGGCGGCUCGAGGCUCGGGGAAUUGGGCCGAACCAUGCCGAUGAACGCGCGCCUUGGGAGUGCGCGACUCGACUUGCGUCAGGUGCCCCUUGGGAUCGUCCACCCUCUUAAAUCCCUUGCUCCCUUGGCAAAAGGGGCACAGCUGUCGCGAAGUACUUAUAUCGUUCGGGCUUUCUCUCCAUCCGCCUAUCCGAACACGUGGUUUCCAUAUUCCUCUCGACAUUCUCGCCGCAGCGUUUGCUCGCCGCUCGAUCAGCAGCCGCUUUUCGCCUCUGCCCCUUUGGAAUCGCUCGUCUCUCUGCCCGAUUUCCAACUCAGCAGCCGUUUCCAUAGACGUGAAAAGAGAGCUGUUUCGAGACAUCUCAAAGCAACUAUUGCUCUGCUCUCCCGCUGGGCUCUUCUCCCUCAAACGGGUCCACAAACAACGGCGGCAUGGCGGGAAGGACAACACGUGGCAGCACGUGGUUGGCUGGACGGCGAGGCGUGGUCUUAGCGGCAGUGCUGGCGGCCGUGGUUCUGUUGGAGCGCACUUAUGCUCAGGACCCCAACUGGCAGCAGCUCUAUCCCUACAUCCGUGACGCUGCUACCUACUCUCCUCCUCCCACCACCACUCCCCCCACCUCCCCCCCCUCCGCCCCGCCUCCCACCUAUGACUUCAUAGUGGUGGGGGGGGGUGCAGUGGGGUGCCCCCUCGCUGCGACUCUCUCCAAGGGCUUCUCCGUGCUGCUGCUGGAGAGGGGAGGUGUGCCCUAUGAUCAGCCCUCGGUGUACCGCAGGGAGGCCUUCCCCUACGUGCUGAGCACGAGGGCGUCUGUUCCCUUCCGGUCGGAGGAUGGGGUGUGGAACAGACGGGGGAUCGUGCUGGGGGGAGGCAGCUCUGUCAACGCUGGCUUCUACAGCCGAGCAUCUGCUGACUUUGUGCAAGCAGCAGGGUGGGACCCUGCCCGUGUGAAUGCAUCGUUCGAGUGGGUGGAGUCCAGGAUAGCCUUCGUGCCGCAGCAGCAGCCAGGGGGGUGGCAGGAGGCGUUUAGGGAUGCCAUGCUGGAAGCAGGGCUGGGGCCGUGGAGGGGGCAGACGCCAGAGCACCUCAUUGGUACCAAGCUGGCCAACAGCAUCUUCGACAACAAUGGCACCCGCCGAACAGCAGCUGACCUGCUGAAAGCGGGUGAUGCGUCUCGGCUGACGGUGCUCAUGUUUGCGACGGUGCAGCGGAUUCUGUUGGACACCACUGGAGCCACGCCAAGGGCAGCAGGGGUGGUGUUCACCGACAGCACCAACCGCCGCCACGUGGCUCGGCUGAACCCCGGGGGAGAGGUGCUGCUGGCAGCAGGGGCUCUGGGGUCGCCGCAGCUGCUGCUGCUGAGCGGGCUGGGGCCGAGGGAGAAGCUGGAGCCCCUGGGGAUCCCCCUGGUGCGGGAGGUGCCGGGUGUGGGCGUAAAUAUAACGGAUGUGCCUAUCAAUGGGAUCAAUGUGCUGUCGCCCAGGCCUGUUGAGGAGUCUUCUUUACAGUUCGUUGCUGUAACGCCAGAGGGUAACAUCAUUGAGGGCGCGUCAGGCAGUAACCACACGCUGAGCUGGGCGGGAGCAGGCGAGCUGAACACCUUGCCCCCGAUCAACCGCACGGGCCAGACAGAGGCGAUGAUAGACGCCAUGCUGCCGUACAUACCGGGGUUUAUUCAAGACUCACUCAACCAGGCGGGGUUUAUUCUGCACAAGGUCUACCUGCCGGCCUCAAGAGGCUCUCUCUCCCUGGCGUCCCUGAAUGCGUCGGACAACCCUAUCGUGCGCUACAACUACUUCUCUGCCCCCCUGGAUGUAGCCACGUGUGUGAGGGGCGCUCAGCUUCUCACCAAGAUCGUUGCCUCCAAUGCUCUUGCUCCUUUCCGAUACGACACGCCGCCGGUCCCUCUCUUUCUCCUCGACCCCUCUGCCGCCUACGUCACUCCAGGAAACUACAGGGGAGCUUCCCCUCCUCUCCCUGACGUUUCCAACUUCACUGCUGCUGCCCAGUGGUGCCGGGACACGGUGACUGUGAUCUGGCACUUCCACGGUGGCUGCCACCGCGGAGUGUGUGUGGACAGCAGCUACCGAGUGAACGGGGUGCAGUCGCUGCGGGUGGUGGAUGGAUCCACCUUUCUCACAUCCCCUGGGACCAACCCCAUGGCCACGUGCCUCAUGCUUGGAAGGUUCAUUGGUAUCAAUCUGCUGGAAGAAAGAGGCUUCAACAUUUCAGCAGCAUAGAACACUAAAUUCUGCUAUGCAUGCAUGAAAUUACCGUACCCAUGUUAUGGCAAAAUCUAAGAAACAAGCUUGAUUUGCAGAAUGCUUCUUUUGGUACUCUGAUUCGCCUGAGAGGAUUAUUAGCCAUGUACUUGUGUUUUGACCAGGAUAUAUGCCUGGCUGGUAAUUUGUGCCCCAGGACGUUUACCCGGAUAGCGGUUAGACUGUACCCUCUGUUUAGAAGUGAUUAUGCUAUCGGUGUCUAAUUUUAGGGGACUUUUUUGUCAAUAU